UAUUUAAUUUUCGUUGAAAAUAAUGAUAAUUAAAAAUCAAACUUUAGCACGUCUGUCCCAUUUCCGGUGUCGGACUGCGGCGGCGGCGGAUGUUGAUGUUUUGCUCCGGAGCUGGCUGAACGAUGUGAACUGUACCGUCUCCGGGACGGUUGAUCUUUUUUUACAGUUGUUGCUCUUGGCGUUUCCACUUGUGCUUCCUUUUUCUGGGGUAAAGUUUCGCUGUGUCGUCGGCAUCGUGUCUGUCCCGGUGUCUCUCCCGGGGAGCGCGAGGCCGAGUCGUGCGAUGAUGGAGGACUUUGACGAGAUCUACGAAGAGGAGGACGAGGAAGAGGAGGACGAGGACAGGGCCGCGGAGGAGCAGCUCCUAAAGUACGCUCCGGACCCGGUUGUGGUGCGAGGGUCCGGCCACGUCACUGUGUUUGGGCUUAGUAACAAAUUUGAGUCCGAAUUUCCUUCAGCACUUACAGGAAAGGUGGCACCGGAGGAGUUCAAAGCCAGCAUCAACCGUGUGAACAGCUGCCUGAGGAAGACCCUGCCGGUGAAUGUGCGGUGGCUGCUGUGCGGCUGCCUCUGCUGCUGUUGCACACUGGGCUUCAGUCUGUGGCCCGUCAUCUGCCUCAGCAAGAGGACAAGACGAUCUAUAGAGAAACUUCUGGAGUGGGAGAACAGCAGACUUUACCACAAGUUGUGUUUGCUUUGGAGACUGAGCAAAAGGAAGUGUGAAACCAACAACAUGAUGGAAUACGUAAUCCUAAUAGAGUUCUUACCUAAGAUCCCCAUCUUCAGACCGGACUAGCCCGACUGCGGCUGAACUUAAACGGAACACAAAGGCUGUCAAGCUCCCGAAUAAAUCCCCCAAUGUUUUCGUUUACAGGGUAGCAUCGUUCCUCCCCUCUUCUCUCUUUGACCCGUUCUCUCACACGUACACCACCCUUGUUGACAAAUCCAGCACCACCAACCCUUGUUUUUUGGAGCGAAUUCCCCGAGCCGCAACCUAUCGGAGCGAGUUUGGGCACCGUUGAGCCUUGCUAACCAGCACCAGCCUAUGGGAUGUUGUGUGUGAGGGGGGGGGGUUUGGAACCGACGCUGGAAACUGGACUCUUGAACUUGAGCUACGACUGGAAGUUGUUUCACUUGUAUGUCCCCUAACCUAAGCACAUGGCACAGUCCGACCAUGAUGGGACAAAACACCGCCGCAUCUUACCGAUUGUCUCCCUGGGCACACUUCACCUGCAAAAAAAAAUAAAAAAUACACCCCAGUGCUUUUGUAGCGGUUGGUUUGGCCCUCUGGAUCCUUUUCUCGAGGCCGCGGAGGCAACAUACUCCGAAUGGAACCGUCAUCUAAAUGGACUCUAGCGGAAAGACUGGUCUUACAGGUGCAUGUGGGGGGGGGGGCUGAACUCUAUAACGUCACUCUUACCAACUACCAGACACCCUGUCGCCUCCUUCCCCCAUCUCUGCACACUCUACAGUGCAUCACCUCUAACCCAGUGACAAUCACACACCCUUGUGUGUGUGUGUCCAGAUGAUGGGCUGGCUACCUAGCAACUGGUUCUCGGAUGCAGUGGAACAAGUUAAGCUGGAAAGAAAGCCACUAGUGAUUAAGAGUAGACACCUUUUUAUUUUUUAGAAUUAUUUUUUUAGUAUCUUAGUUUUUGUUUGUGAAGAGAGGCAGUCGAUGCUUUUCACUGUAUUUGUUUUCUGUGUGCGUGUCUUUCUCAGUGAGAGAAACCGAAGCAAAAAAACAAGCGACGAAUCGGACAGGAAGAGAUGCGCUUUACGGUUUGUUCUUUGACGCAUCUCUUUGCCAUAACCCAUCUGUGUUACUUUUGUUGUCGUAAUUUAUAAAUGAGUGCGCAUUUUGUCUGCACAUUCAUGAAAUGGGUCUCCAUUUCUCUUUUUAUUCAUAUUUCUUUUGCAAACGUAUGUCAUGGUUAUUUCGUGUUUAUCCUUCUGCUCAUGUGUCAACACCAAAGCACACAAUCGGUCCUUAAAACAUUCACAUGGCCUCUGUUCCGACCUGCUGACCGUGGCUUACUUAUCGGAGGGUUUCUCGUUGAGCAUUUGGCUCUUCUGAGAAAAGUUCCUCCGUCACAGAAAUAAUCUAUUUACAUUCAGAGGUCUUGGGUGACGAAGAGUUGGGUCCUCUUCAUUAGGUAACACCGGGGUUCUGGAUCAUGACGUAGGAUUACUGAAGUUAGCUUGAUAACUGCACUAAAACCUGACCACUCCCAAAUCAGGAAUGUGAUCACUAAUCAAGUGUUUCAAUAUUAACUGACAAAUUGACUGCCGUUAGUAACUAGCUGGUGGAGCGUUUAGCGGCUAACGAGUCAAACAUUUCCCUCGGAAGUUGGUGAGACCAAAAACAGCUAAAAAGAUACAGAGUCUUGGACUUGCGUUCAUCGGGCGGUCAGAAACCUUUCGCUCACGAGGUUUUUACAAGUUCAGUUACCUAGCUAACAAUGCUGCUUUGUCUUAAAGGCCUGUGCUUAUUUCAUAAAACUGUCAACGUGUUAUAGAAGGCAUCCUAAAGCACAUCUCAGUUUAAUGAAAACAUACAAACGUUUGAAAAAAAGGGCAUAUAAUAAGCUUUUCGCACUCAGUCAGCACACCUCAUGAUUUAUAUAUAUACAUUAUUUCAAAACAUCCAGAGACUGAGAUUGAACAAAGCCUCUUUGUUUUAGGUCACAGCUCCAGUGAUUGUAUGGGUCACACUCAGGGGAUUAUACUUCUAACACCCACAAGUACGAUUGGGAAAUGUCACUGUUGGAUAUGUAUGGGGGGGGGGGGGGGGGCUGGCGAUCAAGAACACAGAUCACACAUAAUUUGAAUAAUCUGUAGUGACAAAUGCCCCAUGAAAAAAGUCAGAGACAACCAACAAUGUGGUCUUCCUGUUUAGAUAGUGAAGGGAACACGUUCGUGGACCCACACACAUUGUGUUGGUUUACAUUGUAAAAGACUCACACUCACUUGAUUACCACUGGGCUGCCUAUUGGCUUGUCAGUCACUUUUCUAUAUUUUUGAUUAUGGUCUGUUUCAUGCCAUCUGAAAAUCCUUGUGGCGUGUGUGUGUGUGUGCGUACGCGUGUGUGCACGGUGUGCCGAUGCAAAUGUUCUACGUAGAUCUCAGACUGUGAUUGAACCCUAAACAGAAAAUUAGUCCUUUCUAUAAAUAUAUAUAUAUAUAAUCUUAAAUUGUGUGUGUGCGAGGGAGAUAAAUAUACAUGUACAUAUGACUCGUGCAGAUGUACAGUAAUAAACUACCAAUAAAUAAG